CGGUGGUCCUGGCAGUUAGCUGAGCGCGCCCUCUGAGCCGCUCGGUUGACACCAGGCUCUCUAGUAGGCCUGGCCUACCCAGAAACAGCAGGAGAGAAGAAACAGGCCAGCUGUGAGAAGUCAAGGACACCGAGUCAGUCAUGGCACCUAAGGCGGCAAAGGGGGCUAAGACAGAGCCAGCUCCACCUCCAGCCGGGGCCAAACCCGAGGAGGACAAGAAGGACGAUAAGGAGCCAUUGGAGAAACCUCGAAAGUUGGUGCAGCCCAAGCACGAAGUGGGCACCAGGAAGGGGUGUCGCCGCUACCGGUGGGAAUUAAAAGACAGCAAUAAAGAGUUCUGGCUCUUGGGGCACGCUGAGAUCAAGAUUCUGAGUUUGGGCUGCCUAAUAGCGGCAAUGAUACUGUUGUCCUCACUCAGCGUGCACCCCAUCUUGAGGCUUAUCAUCACCAUGGAGAUAUCCAUCUUCAGUUUCUUCAUCUUACUGUACAGCUUUGCCAUUCAUAGAUACAUACCCUUCAUCCUGUGGCCCAUUUCUGACCUCUUCAACGACCUGUUUGCCUGUGCGUUCCUGGUGGGAGCCGUGGUCUUUGCUGUGAGAAGUCAGCGAUCCAUGCAUCUCCACUACUUACUUGCUGUGAUCCUUAUUGGUGUGGCUGGAGUUUUUGCUUUGAUCGAUGUGUGUCUUCAAAGAAACCACUUCAGAGGCAAGAGGGCCAAAAAGCAUACGCUGGUUGCUCCUCCAGGAAAGGAAAAAGAACCCCAGCAGGGCAAGGAACCAGAACCCGCCAAGCCACCAGAGCCAGCAAAGGGAAAGAAAUGACUUGGAGGAGGCUCCUACUGUCUGAAAUGGCAGCGUAUUUUACAACAAUACAUUUCCACUCUCUUCCUUGUCUUCUUUCUAGAAUGGUUUUCUUUUCCAUUUUCAUUACCACCUUUGCUUGGAAAAGAAUGGAUUAAUGGAUUCUAAAAGCCUAAAGUUGAUGUAAGCAUUAUUUUGUUCA